CUCCUAUCCUGCAUCAUCUUUAUUUCUCCUUCUCCCUCCCAACUCCUCUAUCUCAACGACGAGGUCACUCGCUGUCGCUUUAAAUUACAUCCCAUUUCUCCCCGUGGAAUCCGCCCUCUUUUCUAUUUAUUCCUUACCUUCUUCGUCUUCCCCUCCCUGGUCUGCCCGUCGGCUCGAAACUCCGGAACUAAGUCGGCGUCUGUUGAGCGCACCACGUCCGCGACAGUCAACUCAGCGCCGCCGAGUUCUGCUUGAUGAACGGUUCCGGGCUUAUGCAAGGCAACGGCGGUGGAACCGGUGCCAGCGUCAUGUCUGUUGGUCCUAUGCCUGCUGGCCACCAGGCCGAGCUGAACAUUAUCUAUGGGAUGGUCGAAGAGCUGUCGCGCCAGCUCGCUGAGAACAAACGCGUUACCGAGGACAUCGUGUCGGGGCUGGGACGAGUACGCAACCGAGCGCGAGAGCGCGGCCUGACCAACGACGAGGUGCUUGGAGAAGUCGCCGACGAAAUAUUUGCCCUAGAGCCUCAUCUCGAGGCCCGCGUGUCAGUCCUGACCGAGUCUCUCGACCGCGCGAAAAUCUCACGCGAUGCCAACUUCUCUCUCGUUACCAACUACGCCCAAGUCCUCUCCACCAUCCUCUCCCAGUUCCACGCCUACAAGCAGAAGCACAUAGCCGACGUCUCGGCUUGGCAUCGCUCCUACCGAGCCCAACUCGCCGAGGCUCGCGCCGAGAACUCGCGCCUGCGCGAGCAGAUAUGGGAGAUGCAGGAGCACGCCGGUCGUGCGAACCAGAUGCUCCGCGAAUUUCGCAAGAAGUAUGACGAGAACGAGGAGCGUUGGGAGAAGCGCGUCGACGACAAGGCCAGGAGACAAGAGAUCCGCUUCUGGAAGCGUAUGGCCAUGCCUGAGGUUGCCGAGACCGAGGAAGGAUACUGGAGCAACGACGACGAUCUCGUGGACCCCGUCGAGAAGGAGAGACUAAAGGAGGUAGAGCGAAAAGUCGCCGAACAGGCCCUCGCGGGCGUGGGCGGCGCGGUAGGUCAUAAUGAAGAUUCUGAAGGGGAGGGAGGUGAGUCUCACUCUCUCCGAGUGGGGAUGCUGGGCGGCGUGGCCAUGGAGAGGGAUGCCCGAGAGGGAGGCAGCAUAACCACCGAGACGCCGCCACCGAGGCCGGAAAGCACAGGUAGCACAGGAAGUACGGGGGCCUAGUCGUGUUGGCGAAACGAUGAGCCAAGGGUCUCUCUCCAAUACAAGUGACCGCGCUUGAUGUUAUGGUUGAAUCACUCGGCCAGGGCCUAUCGCGUCGCUCAGUUUGGAGCCGCGUUGGAAAAUACUACUUGCACUCGUCGAGCGCUAUCGAUUAUCCAUCGAGGUAGUGAUCUUAGCUACUAUUUCCAUCGCGCUUCGACUAGCUGGCAACCCCGGAUCGCUGGUAAAG